AAUUGCUCGUCUUCAUUUCGCGUGGUUUUGCGUAGUGGUGAAUUCAUAAUUGCUUCCCACAAUAUGGUACAUAACCAUCCAUGCAGCAGGGUGUACAUGCAGAAUGACCCAUGGUUUAGACGACUAACAGUUGAAGAGAAAGAAAAUGUUGAACCACUUCUUCAGCAAUCCCACUCAUCCGAUGAAAUAAUAAUGCAUGUUAAGGAGAAGUACCACAAGGAUAUAACUCGCAUUGACGUUAAAAAUAUGAAAGCCGCAGUUAAUAAAGGUAUUUCGAGUCGUCGUGACAUUUUUGAAUUCCUAAAAUCCCGUGGGAAGUUAAUGGAGUAUUAUUCCGAUGAACCGAUCAGGAAUUCACUAACAAGAAUUUGUUUUGCAACUUAUGAGCAAAUGGAAUUGUAUAAACAGUUCCCUGAAGUUGUUGGUAUCGACUCGACGUAUAAUACAAAUAAGGGGAAGUAUUCUUUGUUCCAAUUACUUGUGACGGAUAAUUUUGGUCGUGGACGACCAGUUUUAUUUGCGUGGACUAGAAAAGAAUUCAAACGAGAUGUAGUUUGGAUAUUAGACUGUUUUCGUCAAAUAAUGGAAGACACCUCCAAAACAGAAUCUUUCAUUAUGGAUUGUGCGCAAGCUGAAAUAGCAGCCGUCAAGUUAACGCACAGACAAGCGCACAUUGUUUUGUGUUCUUUCCAUGUUUGCCGAGCCUUCUGUCGUAAAACAAGAAAUCCCAUUGUGAAGAACUACUUAUGCCGUCUAGUGCAGUGUAAAAGGAGAUCAGAAGUUAUUAGCAGAUUGGAUGCUACUGUCAGUCAAUAUCUACAACGUCGUUGGAUGCAUCGACGAGAAUUGUGGGCAGCAUGUUUCAGAGACAACGUGCUGACUUUUGGGAAUGAUACAAAUAAUCGCGUCGAGAGCUCCCACAAGCAAAUGAAACGGUACUUGCAAAGAUCUGAUAGUCUGCAUAAAAGUAUGCUGAAGGUGUAUAAAUGGUAUAAACGAAGUUUUUCAAGAAUACAGCAGGAGGCGAUUAUUGCUCAGUCGCGAUGCUUCACUUAUCCCUGUUCACAACGUCUAAUCCCAAUUAUACGAUUGCUGACGCCAUACGCCGCGAGGAAGGUAAUACGUGAAUACGAAAGGCGACGAUGGGCUAUUGUUGAGUUUGAAUCCUUUGAUUAUGUAUUCUUCAAAGAAAAUGGGAAUAGAGUGGAGGUUGAUCUGAGUGCUUGCACCUGCACGUGCUUUACAUUUCAGACCUGUCGGUACCCCUGCCGACACUUGCUUUUGGUCCAUUUCAGAAAGCCGUAUUUCACAGUUAACCAUGUGAUGCAGAAUUGCAAACAAUGGGCGUGGUCACGCAACUUGUUCGCAUCUCAAUGCACGUCAGCUGUUGUCCCUCGAAAUCGAAGUGCCCCAUUGGAAACCUAUAUAAGUAUUAUGAAAACGGGCAUUAGGAAAAUUAAUGACAAAUUUGGAGAAGUGUUUGCCAGGAAUUAUUCAGUAGAAGUAAUCGCAGGAAUCAAUCGUACUCUGAAUAUGUAAAUAAACUGAAUUUGUAUCAUAAUUAAAAUAAAAUUUUCAUGUCAAUCUUAUUGUCUUUCAAUUCAUGUGUUCCCUUAUUGAGCACGGCAUGCUAGACCGGUGCUCUCUAGGACUUUAACUAUACGUAAGUGUAAUUGCGUAGGAACGAUGUCGGUCGUCAUACGUGUUAAAUUAUAAUUAUUUUAGUGAAGUUACCU